GCCAGGACGCCCUGAAAAGGCUGCGGCUCGCCAGACCGCGAUGGCGCUGGAUUUCCUAGCGGGCUGCGUGGGAGGUGCUGCAGGUGUGAUGGUAGGACAUCCAUUUGACACUGUUAAGAUGACAGAUAAGCCUCAUCACGGGAGAGUUACCUAGUGCGUCUCCAAGUUCAAAAUAUUGACAAGCCUCUUUACCGUGGGACCCUGCAUUGCUUUCAGUCUAUCAUAAAGCAAGAAUCGGCCUUUGGACUGUAUAAAGGGAUUGGGUCACCUAUGAUGGGACUUACCUUCAUUAACGCCGUCGUGUUCGGCGUUCAAGGAAACACAAUCCGUUUUCUGGGAAAUGAUACGCCGUUAAAUCAGUUCCUUGCGGGGUCAGCUGCGGGCGCCAUUCAGUGUGUGAUCUGCUGCCCCAUGGAGCUGGCAAAGACCCGCAUGCAGCUACAAGGAACCGGCGAAUACCGGCUGAAGUCUAAGAACUACAAAAAUUCCCUGGACUGCCUGGUGAAGAUCUACCGAAAGGAAGGCUUGAGGGGCAUCAACAGGGGCAUGGUUUCCACAUUCCUGAGGGAGACGCCCAGUUUUGGGUUUUACUUCCUGACCUACGACUACCUGACCAGGUAUCUGGGUUGCGAGGCGGAGGACAGUUACAUUAUACCCAAGUUGCUGCUGGCAGGAGGCAUGUCUGGAAUUGUCUCCUGGCUGUCGACGUACCCUGUGGACGUGAUCAAGUCUCGCCUUCAGGCCGAUGGCAUCGGCGGGGUGGUGCAGUACAAGGGCAUUCUGGACUGCGUUCGGAAAAGCUACCACAGCGAAGGCUGGAGAGUAUUCACCCGGGGGCUGACGUCCACGCUUCUUCGUGCCUUCCCUGUUAAUGCCACAACGUUCGCUACUGUUACAGUGUUCCUUAUGUAUAUGAGGUCAGAAGAUAGGCAGCUGAGAGGGGAUCUAAGUGGAUGUGAAGCGGGCCCGGCGAUCCAGCAGCCUUCAAGCUUUUAGGUUCU